AUGGUUCCCGCUGGCGCGCAUCUAACUUUGCAACAAUUAAUUGAUGCUCUGACAUACAAAGUAGUCGUUGCUCAGAAGCAAGCAAACUUUUCUGACCGUGACGCAAUGCGUAAUAGAGAGACUGUUCACGGUCUCGUAGAGCAGAUUGAUGAACUGGAAAAGCAGCUUCAGAUUGCAGCUGCGAGACUUCGAGGCUUCCGCAAUUCACUGCAGCCUAUCCACCGACUACCACCUGAACUAAUAGCCACGAUCUUCUAUGGGACUCAGCAGCACCUUCCGAGCUUCUUCCCCAUGCUAAACGACGGCACAGUCUCAAAAUACGACGAACACCACCGGGACUGGCUGUCGCUGCUUCACGUCUGCCGGCGCUGGCGAGGAGUCAUCGCCCUGUCCCCAUUUCUCUGGGCCUCUGUGGACACCUCAUUAAUGCUGGAAAAGUUUCUGAAGCGGUCGGCAUCCGCGCCGCUGACGCUCUACCUGGGUAUCAGAAAACCUGGGGUGUCCGAAAAGGUCCUAGACGCCACAUUGCGAUAUUCACGCCGCUUCAGAGAGUUCCAUAUAGCUGCCGAUGGGUGGGAGGGCACCGCGCCCAUUUAUCCACGUCUGUGCGCGGCAGAUGCGGCUCCCCAUCUCGUCAGCCUGACAAUCAUGACAGAAGGCAGGGACGUCCUCGGGGGCGUCCUGCCCUCCUUGUUCAGCGGACAGAUGCCCAAUAUCAGACAACUCUGCCUCGCGCAUUUCACGUCGUGGCCCGCUGGCCUGUUCACCAAUUUAACCCAUCUGUGUCUGCAUGACCAAAGCGAUGUGGGUCGUAUGACCACGUCGGAGUUUCUGGAUUUCAUCGAGCAAUCACCGCGGCUUGAAGAGCUCAACCUCAUUCGAGCAGGGCCUAUUAGGCCGGACACGUCUGAUAUUCCUUCUCCCCCACGAGAUCGGUUCAUUCCACUUCCUCACUUGCGCGAACUUGACCUUGGAGAUUGGCCCUCCGCGACGAUAAUAUCCAGGCUCCUUUCCCACCUGGUCUUACCCAAAGAGACGAAUAUGUACUUUUGGGGGGUGCCCUUUCGUGAUCCCGACGAAGAUUUCGGGAAACUCCUUCCCAGGGAUCACUCACGUCUAGCCAACCUGCAGAAUAUUAAAAAAUGGUACUUGGCUCGUCAGCCCCUCGUCAUUCUGGAUACGCCUUGCAUCUCUGUGGCUGGGUCUGUCCAGACACUGUACAUGUAUGGCACGUUCAGCGCUUCGCAGAUCGAGUCUGUGUUACCCACAUACCCGUUGCAAGAUGUGACAGACGUCGGCGUGAGGGAUAGUUGUGCGAGGAGUAAUCGUUUGACUUCAUCGAAUUGGAAACACAUAUUCCAGCGUCUUCCGCGUCUCGCCUCACUUCGGAUCCUCGCCUUUGGAUCACCCUCUACGACGCGCUCCGUACUGCAAGCACUUCGACCAAAAGGUGACCAUGAUCAUGGAUUAAUGGUGAAGAGCAAGAAGAGCGGUAGUGACGCUUCCUCCAAGUCCUCAGUAUCGGAUGAAGAUGAAGAUGAAAUCCUCUGUCCCUCCCUCACCACCCUCGGUAUCGAACACGACGCCACGCUCCCCGCCUACUUUGUCAGCACCAUCGCACAAGCGCGCGCCAAACACUCGUGCCCUAUCAAGACCCUCAAAGUCCUGGUAUAUCACGGCAACCCGUUUGGCAUGCGUCCGCCGAGCCCCGUGACGGCAGUAUCGGACAGCGACACAGACCAGGAGUACCAGAUGCACACCGAGGAUGAUAUGCAUCUGUUCAAAAAACAUUUCGAGGAGGUGGUCUUUGAGAAGGACCAGCCGCUCUCAAUGGAUGUGGUUCCGAGGACGUGGCCGACGAGAGCGUACGAGUGGACGAGAAGGAUUGAUUGGUAA